UGUGAGCAGGCCCGCCAUGGCAGGCGUGGCGGGCUCCUCGAGCGACGCCCACUUGUCCACUUCUGCCGCCGCGCCGCGAGAGAAGCGGCGCCACUCCGGCGGCAGCCAGUUCCAGUUCUCGCAGUGUGUCACGUGCCCCAUCUGUGAGAAGAGCUUCAGCAUCCACAAGAUAGAGGCGCACGCGAGCCGGUGCGCCGAGCGCUCAGGGGUCGUGGCGGCCGUUCGCCGCUCGCACAAGAAGAAGAAAUGCAAGACGCGGGCCGGCGCGGCCGCCGUGGUGACGAUCGACGUAAACAUGAUCGAUGGGUACGAGUUUCGGUCGCAGACAGCCCUCGAGGCACUCGGGCCCGAGGCGGGAGCGCCAGAUGAGGUGCCGACGUUGCAUCCGCCCGCCCCAGUCUCCGCCCCAGCGCCCUCGCUCCGGCUAAAGGGCGUCGCGCGGCAGGGCGCAGCUCCGCCCGUCCUCCUCUCCUGGGGGCGCGGCACCUCCUCUCACGGCGCCGCCCGCCCCAGCCUCCCCGCACCCGCCGCCAGCGGCUCCAGCGAGGCUGCGGUGCUCGACGCGGAGGUGAUAAGGAGGAGAGCUGCGGUGCUCGACGCGGCGUGCCCCGCGCCCGACCCUCCGGCGGCGUCCCCCGCCGGCCAGAGCUCGCUCUUCCCCGCAGGCCGCGGUGCCGGACGGCGUCCGUCGGCUCCAGGCUGCAAGCCGAGCGGCGCGGCGCCUGCUAGGGCCCCGGCGCCUGCGGGGGUGGAGGUGGCGGAUGUCACGCCGGAGGGGUACGCCUUCAAGGUUGCCGAGGCCCUGAGUGGAGACCCGGCCACACUCAAGAGCUUCGUGCAGACGAUGAAGGCGUUCGAGGAGGGCCGCGCCGGCACCGUCGAGGUGAUGCGCGACGUCUCGGCUUGCCUCGCCAACCACCGCCCACUCCUUGCCCAGUUCAACGCCUUUUUGCCAAAGGGGUACCGCGUCGAAGCGCUCCCGCGCAGCCUCUCCGCCUACGCCGCCUGCACCGACGACCCCGGCUCGAUCACGCAAGAGGCGGCGGUGGGCCUCGCCUCGAGCUUCGUCGAGCGGCUCUGCGCGCGCUACGCUAACCGGCCGCGGAAGCUCGAGCAGAUGCACGCCCUGCUCGCCGCGAUGCCGUUCGACGAACCCCUCGCCGCGCUGACGCCGCAGAGCUGCACGCGCAUGCCGAGCGGCGCGCUCAGCCUCUGCCGCUCGUUCGGGCCGCUGCUCUCGGACGAGCCCGACCUGUUGCGCGAGUUCAUGCAGUACGUGCCCCCCUCGUGCACCGCCACGCAGCACAUCCACCUCGUCCCGCUGCCCGAGAGGUGAGAUCACGGACGUCUGCGUGGGCAUUGUGAGCUGAGAGGAAGCUGUCGUCGCGGUGACAGUGAGGUGGAGGGCGUGCGGGCACCACGUUUUUCAUAUAAUCCCCAAAUUAAUCAAC